AUGCCAGUCCAAAUGCUACAGCUAUUCCACCUUGUUGCAAUUGGCCCAAGUGAACAACCGUCUGGUACGCCUGUUUCUCUUCGCCUCGACGCCGCCUCCUGCACUAUGCACUCGACUGCAUUGACUGUCCAAACGGCCACAUCUCUUCUCGCUUUUCGCUUUUUCGCUUUUUCGCUUUUUCACGUUUUUCCCUCCUCCCCUCACCUCACCCUGUCAGCCUGCGAAUGCUCCAAUUAUCGGACUCGGAGCCACGCUGUCCUGGCCGGCCUGGUACCAACAACCCCUGGACAGCUGGCCUAA